AUGUCCGACAAGACCUAUCACGUCACAAGCGAAGACCUCCGCAAAGCUGAGGCUCAAGAAGCAAAGUUUCACGGUGGUCAGACCCCCAAGGACUCUGAUGUCUCUGCUAUGAAGCAACUUCUCUCCGAGCAAGAAUCCAAAUCCGACCAAAUCGACCGUGUAAAAGCAGGUCUACCCCUCCCAGACGACCCACCAGUUGCUGCGGACUUGCAAUCCGCUGAUGGACGAACGGUGAACGUGGGUUCCGGCGAGGUCAAUGUCAAACUGGGCACGGGUGGAAGCGCAUUGAGAGAGCCAGCGACUGCAGAGUCGAGCGCCAGAGUCGAUGGAAAGGUUUACGAUAAGAACACUGAGCCUUAA